CUUCGCGAUCAUCUGUACACCUCAAUCAAUUCAAUAUGCGUCCGACUUUGAGUCUUUUCAGCAAGGCUUCUCGCCUACCCCUAAACUCAAAAAGAGGAAAUAAAGACUUCUACAAAGGUACAAGAACCGGAAAUAUUAUGAGAAGGCAGCGUAUCGCACAAGCAGAUCGGUUCACUGGUAGACAAAUGUAUGAUGAAUUCGGAAGACCCAACACUUGGACAAAGAUGACCAGUCAAAUUGAUGAAUCAAGAGUCACAAGUUAUGUUGUACCACCCGGACUAGCAGAAACAAAGCUCAAACCACUCGUCUUCUUAGGAAAAGCAAAAGAAGGAGGUGUUGAAGAGAAGCCACACAAAGGAUAUCCCGGGGCAGAUAAGAUGGGAUCAGGUUUCAGUUUCAAUGGUAGAUACUAUGAGCGUCUACGUCAAGAAAUUGAGGAAAGACAGGGUGGCCGAAGCCAAAAUUGAUGAGGGACUACAUCCUUCAUGCAUCUUUGUACAAUAGCAAACUCAAAAUGUAUUCUUUUUCGGGUCUUUAACAU